AUGGUAUAUGCAACUACUCCGCCAACAUCCAAUAAUACUAUCAUCACCCCGAGUGACGUAUACCCACCUAUAGAACCCCGGCAUAUAGCUACGGAAGAGCUCCACAGAUCGCCCUUCCUGGCGCAAACCAUACCCCUCUCAAUAAUCACCAUGGUAGUAGACCAAGACAUCACAACCGACCAUGGCCUCGUCCAAACCACCGAUCACCCCAACGGCAUGCGAAACGUUCACGUCCCUUGGCUGGCUUUGCCUAGUGGUGCCUGUUGUUUGAAAGGGCAUUUGCAUAGUGGGGAGCCGAGGGGAACGUUUGAAGUCAUUGCUGAUGUUGAUACUUAUGUUGUGCAGCCUGAAGAGGGGAAAGCUAAUGGGAAUGUGCUGUUUUAUUAUGCGGAUGUUUAUGGCAUGUUUACGAAUGCGCAGCUUGUGAUGGAUGAAUUUGCUGAUAAGGGUUUUUUACAUGCUGGAUAUUUGGUUCUUGGACUCGAUUACUUUCAAAAUGACCCUAUCUUCCUUCAUAGAGACGGCCCUAGUGCAAGUAAACCCGGCUUCGAUUUCGAGGCCUGGAAAACCAAGUAUGCCGAGUUUGCAGAUCAAAAGGUGCCGGAAUGGACGGCAAAAGUCAAAGAGUUGUAUGGUAAACCCGAGACCAAGUAUGCCUGCGUAGGAUACUGCUUCGGCGCCCCCUACGUCUGCAACUYCCUCGCCGACGGAACAUGUCAAGUCGGCGGCUUCGCCCAUCCAGCCUUUUUAAAAGAACAUCAUUUCCGAAAUUUGCAGGCCCCGUUAUUUCUGAGCUGCGCGGAAAUUGAUCAUACUUUUGGGACGGAGAGUCGGAAUCAGGCGAUUGAUCUUUUGAUUGAGGGGAGGAAGGAGUAUAAUUUACAGUUGUUUCAUGGAGUGGCGCAUGGGUUUGCUUUGAGGGCGAAUCUGAAUGUGCCUUAUGAGCGUUGGGUCAAGGAGCAGUCUUUGAAGGGGUUGGUUGAGUACUUUGACUUUUGGCUUUCACAGUAG